UGUUGAACACACGAAACUGUCGUCUUUUGAUUUCUCAGCAUUUUCAUAUCAGAGAAUCCCACGAAUAGUCGCAUUUUUUCCCGCUGGCCAGAGAUUAAUCGGCAAAAGUGGACUUAUUCAAAGCACAAGAAAUCAUACGACCACCAACCAGAGUCACGAGUGGUGCAAUUUCCUCGUGAGUUUCCAUAAAAAGUGCGUUUUUUUCGCAUAGUGCAAAAUUGCGUCUUAUCAUUGUUUACAAGGAGCUAUCAAGAGAGUGUUCAGUUUUUGCGAGGAUUUUCCUGGACAAUUUUGAGGAUUAUCGCUAAAGAAUUAUUGUCUUUUUGAGCUUCGGCAGUAGCCUGAGAGUGAAAGUGAUUGGUAUUUUGAGGAAUAUUCUGGGGAAAAGUGAGAUAUUUCAGUGGAAGGAAUUCUUGGGGGCUCGUUCGUGUGAGUUGAGUGUGCGUUGUGAACAACAUAAAAAAAGUGGUCAACAUCUUUGGAUUUAUCGCGCUUGGCAAAAGUAAUUCAAUAUAAACAAACAGACGAGCCUCAUGAAAUGCAUCAGUAAUCUUCAAUAUUCAAUCUCGUGCAACUAAAGAGCAUUUGUGUUUGGAAAUUGUGGAGGAGGCAACAAAUUCUAUUUGCAUAUGUGACAUUUUCGCGCUUCAUUUCGCGACUUUUCAAUUCUUUUGUGGUGCUGAAAACAAGUGUGAGCAGGAAGGAAGAUAGUCAGUGUGUGUGCACAAGAGCGAGAUAGAACGACAAUGCUGUCAAAACAAGUGAUGAUACAUAUCGGGGCGGGCUGUUUGUCCACGGGCUUCAUGAGUUGGCUCCAGUUUCGGCCCCUUGGAAUACUCUUUAUUGUAGUAUUUGCUAUUUGGCUGUACAAAUGGCGCUGUCCAGGUGUUCGUCUAGUCUCUUCCACUCCCAUCAUGGACAAAUUGGAUAGCAGUUACAAAAAUUUUGUAAAGCUGCGCCAUGAGAAACCUGGUACUUUCUGUACAAUUGUUAGUGUUUUCUUGGUGCUUCUUGCUCUUCUGGGGCACAUUGUAUCGGGUACAUGGAUCGUAAUGAUUGGCCUGAUGACUGCUGCACUCAUUUCCACCCGCCACAAACUCGAUAUCAUUCACGAGAGAGUCAAAGGCGAAGAAACUGCCUGGUCAUCUCAGACGACAGACCACGAUGUGGAUGACUUUCUGCCAGAGGUCAAUGAGAGUAAUCUGUUUGUGUUGCAAAAAGCUGGGGAAGAGGCUGUGAUAACAACUCCAGUAGGCACAACGGAAUCCCACACGAGUAGCCACAGUGAGGAUGCAGACUCACUGCCGGCUGAUCUUAUGAUACCAGAAGGUAGUUUGCCGGAUGUUGAGGUGGAGGAUGAGGAGGAAUCGGAUAUAUGUGACGAUGACAUGGAGGAUCCGGGUAGGGAAGUUAUUGAUGUGCAAAGUGACGGGUUUACCUUCAAAACGGGACAUUUCAAUAGGGACACAUCGUCUUCGGACGAAGAUAGUAUGGCUAGGGGUUUGAAUUUUCAGGAUUACAGCCUCGUGGAUGCGCCCGAGGAGGCGUCGAUAAAGUACAAAAUGGGUGCGGAGGCUGUCAGUAAAGGUGCUUCAUCAAGUCUGCCAUUUGGGAUCAAUGAGGCGUGGAAUGUUGUGGGUAGUUUUCUCAAAGCAUCAAAUCCCACCACAUCGAGUCAUACAGAACCACUUACGAGAAAAGUUUCCCAUCCACCUGCAAAAGUCAUCCAAAAAUCCCCAGAUUCAUCCGAUGAGUCAGAAUUUGAGAUUCUAAGUCAGGAUGAACUCAAUUCAGCCUCUUAGUUCUCAAAAAAAAAUUUUUUAAAAAAUACCGAUCCGAAAAUAAGUUAAAGUGAAAAAAAGAAGUUAAAAAAAAACUCAAAGAAAGUGUAACUGUAUCCUUUUGUCUUUUAAACCCCGCCCCCUGAAUACGGUUUUGAAAUAAACAAAAAAAUAAACCAUCGCGAGAGUAUAGUAGAAAAAUUUUAAAUGUCCUAUUUUUAUUUUAUUUUGUUUUUUGUUGGUUCUCACAGAGCUUUAAUAAUUUUAUUUUUAUUUUAUAUUAAAAAAAAAAGAAAAUAUAAAUUUGUUUAUUAAUGUGUAAAAUUUGAUAAAUGAAUUCUUCCCUAUAGAAAUUUUCAAUGUGACUUUCCUUCUACUUUGAGUUUCUCAAAUAACUCUCAAAAUUUUUUCUCUAAAAAAAAACUUGUAUAUUUCAGUUUUUUUUUUGCAAAGUGAUGAAUUUUAAAAAUAUGUAUCUUACUAGUUUGGAGUCCUCUUUUUUGUAGAAGUUGUAAUAUUUAUUCUGUGUACAAGAAGAAUAAAAGAAAAACGAAAAAUGCA